GAUUGGUUCGCAAGUCGUGUUCCCGGAAUUCAGUCAGCGCCGCGCGAAGGCUGAAGGGAGCGGGGCGGUGGGACCUUGUGUCGAGCCGCCAGCAGCACCCGGGACUUGGAGUGCCGGUAUGCCUCGGUAUGCGCAGCUGGUCAUGGGCCCGGCAGGCAGCGGGAAGAGCACCUACUGUGCCACCAUGGUCCAGCACUGUGAAGCCCUCAAUCGAUCUGUCCAAGUUGUGAACCUAGAUCCUGCAGCAGAACACUUCAACUACUCUGUGAUGGCUGACCAGCUUUCUCCGCUUCAGGUGGCCCAGCAAAGUGCCUCCAACUUCAGGUUCACAUCCCUUUCUGGUCCAGACAUUCGAGAGCUGAUCGAGGUGGAUGAUGUCAUGGAGGAUGACUGUCUGCGGUUUGGUCCCAAUGGAGGAUUGGUAUUUUGCAUGGAAUACUUUGCCAAUAAUUUUGACUGGCUAGAGAACUGUCUUGGCCACGUAGAGGAUGACUAUAUCCUUUUUGACUGUCCAGGUCAGAUUGAGCUGUAUACGCACCUGCCUGUGAUGAAACAACUAGUCCAGCAACUGGAACAGUGGGAGUUCCGAGUCUGUGGAGUUUUUCUCGUUGACUCUCAGUUCAUGGUGGAGUCAUUCAAGUUCAUCUCUGGCAUCUUGGCAGCCCUGAGUGCCAUGAUCUCUCUAGAAAUUCCACAAGUUAACAUCAUGACAAAAAUGGAUCUGCUGAGCAAGAAAGCUAAAAAGGAAAUUGAAAAGUUUCUAGAUCCAGACAUGUAUUCUUUAUUAGAUGAUUCUGCAAGUGACUUAAGAAGCAAAAAGUUCAAAAAAUUGACUAAAGCUAUAUGUGGACUGAUUGAUGACUACAGCAUGGUUCGAUUUUUACCUUAUGAUCAGUCAGAUGAAGAAAGCAUGAACAUUGUGUUACAGCAUAUUGAUUUUGCCAUUCAGUAUGGAGAAGACUUAGAAUUCAAAGAACCAAAGGAACAUGAAGAUGAGUCUUCUUCUAUGUUUGAUGAAUAUUUUCAAGGACACCAGAAUGAAUGAAGAAUUUUUAAAAUAGUAACCAUAUAUGUGAAGCACUGUGGCUGAACCAGCAAGACAUUGUUCUCUUCAAAGGAUGCAGUACUAGAAAGCUACUUAUUUUAAUGAAAAAAGUAAUACUUGGCUCUUUAGCAGCAGCAUGCCUGAAUCAAGUUCUAGUUAUUCUUCAAUGGCUGGUGUUUCAGGUGGAAUCUUUUAGUAUCAUUUUAACAGCAUCAAUUUAGAUUUUAAAUGUUGAAGUUGAAAUGAAUGCACAUAGACUUGUAUAUAGUAUGAAUGAGCGCUUGUGGUACAUUUAGGACCCAGUCUACCUUUAUUUCUACUGUUGGGUUUUUGUUAUUUUUGAAGGGUUUUUUUUUGGAGAGGCAGGGAUUAUUGUAAUAAAACAUAUGUAUGUGUGUCCAAAGGAAAAAAAUCUAGAAGGAUAGAGUUAAGACCCAUUGCUUACCUAUAUCUCUGAGUUUUCCUACUUUGAAAAUGUAUCAUUUGUGUAAUUAAAAAAUGAAAAGUAACUUUUAAAAUAUAUAUGUAUGUAUAUAAAUAAAAUAAAUAGAAAAUAGCA